AUGACGGUGGAGAUGAAUUAUUCAAUGUUGAUGUGUAAACCACAGUCCUAUGCUUCAACAAGAGAUGUAAUUGAUAGUUCAUGUGAAUUCAAAGACUCUGAAAGUGAUAGUGAAAUGCUUAGAAAGAAAUUACAGUUUAGUCACAAAUUUGACAGGGAAGAAAAUGAUUUUCAUCCAGUUAAUCACAGUUUUGAUGAUUCACCAUGUGGACACAAGUGUCAACCAGGAAAUGAUCCAAGCACUCUGAUAGACUUCUUGUUAUUCUUCACAGAAAAACGUAAACUGCAGCUUCCUGCUUGGACUGCUGAUUAUUAUCCAGAUAAAUUAAGGACACUGGCUGCCAGAAGUUUGGCUUUGUUUUCUGAAAGUCAGACGAUGAAACGUCUUAAUGGAGGUCCUUUAGUGAAACACAUUAUAGAAAAAAUCCAGUCACAAAGUAACACUUCAAGAACUGUGUCUCCAAAAUUUCUCAUGUUUUCUGCCCACGAUGUUACCAUUGUGAAUGUUCUCCAAACUAUGGGGUUCACAGAGCUAUUAAAGCCACAGUAUGGUGCAGCAGUUAUCAUUGAACUUCAUUCAACAAAUGACAGUGGUUAUGAAGUUAAGGUAUUGUAUUUGAAUAAUGCUUCUGACAGUGAGCCACAUGUUCUCAACACUCCUGGUUGCACAGACAAGUGUCAUUUGCAGCAAUUUGUAGAUCUGAUGAAACCUGUUUUACCAGAUGACUGGACAGUGGAAUGUCAGACGCUAGACAGCUAA